AUGUGGCGGGAUUUGUGGUUGGUUGGGGUGGUGAUCAUCGUCUUUCUGCUCUGCCUCAUGCAGUUCGAGAUGCAUGACACAAGAGCAUUCACUUGCAUUUUGAAAGAGGAAAAGAAUAGGAAAACGGCUCCUACAUUUGUACCCGUGGAGGAUAGCCCGCCGGCAUAUGUCGCACGCGGUACGAUGGCAUGCGUUGAGGACGUUGUGACCUUCGCAAACACACGGCGUGCGGGACCAGACGGCAUUGUUGGCACUGAGGAUGACACUCUGACCAUUGAGGAGCACUUAGACCUUUUGGGUGCCUCACUUGAGGCGAACUUUGUUGGCGGCUACUGGGCCUAUUCUCCAUUCUUCGUAUCCUACGAACACUACGGGGAUGUGGACGAGAUGCUGCUUCUUCGAGUCCUUCCUGCCGGCUCCAGCAUUGUUAUCAACAGUGGCAAGCAGGAGAGAUACAUCUUGCCUCUCGAGGGAACGCUCAAUGUUUCGCGGGAGGCCCCUCUGAGGCCCUUGAUGCUGCAACCCACAGUGCCGUCAGCUUUCCAGGAGCUCUCAGCCUCUACUCCGGUGCAGGCCAACUACUUGCGCCUCAAAGCGGGGCGAAAGGUCCUCUUGGGAUCUACGGACUCUCGAGGAGCAGUAUUUCUGGAGCAUAUAACGGCGCAUGUCACUAGGGUUGCCAUGACGGUCUACGCCUUCUCCUCGCUCGUCUAUGGAUGGGAUAUCGACUCUGCAAUAAUCAGCACUUCGGCGAUCUACAAGAGUAUUCACAAGAACGUUGUGGUGCCAGUCUUCCACCUGUUGUGGGAAGGCGAAGAGACAGUCCCCUCGCCUGGAGCCGCCGGCCAGUCCGAGAGGCCGCGACGGAGGGCUGAGCUCCGGGCGCUGUCUGAUUCUCUCGAGACGCACGAAGAAGAGGCUUUCAAUGAAGAAAGAGACAAACUGAAAAGGAGCAGCGGCGGCAGCGAGGCCACCGAGGCAGCGGCUGCGCAGGGCAGCGAGCAACGGCAGCAGCAAGGCCGACAGGGGGACGGCGAGCAACAGCAGCAAACGGAAGAGCACAGCGGGCAGGAGCAGGAGGGCGAGGAUGAAGAGGAUGAGGAUGAAGAAGACGAAGAAAUGACGGGGCAUGACGAACUGUGA